GUGUGUUUCGACGUUACCAUUUAAAAGCGUUUCCGUACAAGUUUUGCGCGCAAUAUCAUUAUGCACUGAGUUGUAUGUCGAAUAUAUCACAUGUUUAUGAUUAUCGGCUUUUCGAAAAUUAUCGGCUUUCUCGCAAAAGUCAAACGAAUCGUGUAUCGAAUAAAAGUAACUGUAAAAGCUUCACUCUAUGUGUGAAAACAUCUUAUUGUUAAUAAUAAUCGCAAACGACAAGACUCAACAUGGAUUGAGUAAUCGAAUAAUCAAUUAUACGUUAAUGCGAAAUAUAUUCAUUAAAGUACAUGAUCGCAGUUAUUAGACUUAUAUAUCCGUUAAUAAUACGUACAUGUUGCGACUUUACGAGAGACUAUAUAUUUUUACGAUAUUGUAUCUACAAUAAAAUGAUUAAUUUAAUGAUUCCUACAUAUCACGACAAGAUUAUAAACUCCGACUACAAACUCUGAAAUCAGAACUCGACUCGAUGGCAUGUAUUCUUUUCGUAAACAAUAAUUGCGCGUAAAACAUAGCUGUUUAUCGAACCAAAAAGACGCUAUUUUUUAUCAAGAACAAAUCAAACUAUAUCUUUUAUACACGAUUAUUUUAUGUUAACAACAUAUAUCGACUUGGCGAUAUGAAAAAUUGUUGCGUUUGGGAAAUUUUUUUAUUUGAUCGUUGAGAAAAAUGAUAAAAAAACAAUCAAAUUAUAAUUGUCCACAAGCAUUCGAGUUUCCUUCCUUCGACCAAUCGUCGUAAAGCAAUUUUACGCAAGUGCGUGCGCCCUACGAAAACUCGUAAGCUUCCUGUGGAAGGAUGAAUGGGGAUCAAAUCAGUCGGCAGCGCGAGGGCUGCUCGGACAUUCGUGCGAGCUUUUUCGUCGCGCUUGAGAGUACGUUGCCGUAUACUAGAUUUUUUAAUUCUCGUGUUUAGAAAGUACUUUUUUUGUCUUAUUCACAAUAUGAAUCGCAAACGCGUGAGCUUCAGGCAGUGAUCGAGAUUUUUCUCGUUUUUCUGGUCGGCUUUACUAAAUGGUAUAGAGAUAUUUCAAUCGUUUUUAAUUUUUCGACAAGUUAUAAGAUGUAUUCUCUUUUAUCUCGAAACAACAAAGCGGUUUAUUUACGUUAAUGUGAAAUCGAGGCACGUCAAGUCGAACAUUUAGUUCCGGAGUGCUUAUUGAUUUUUUUAGUUACUACAAUAAUGAUCAAUGACGAUUGCCGUUAUCGUACUAUAGUCGGUAAGUAAAAAGUAUCAAGUUUCGUCGUUUGUCUGUAAAAAAAGAAUCGUCGAAAUAAUAUCAAAUUAGAAAUUAUAUUAAUUUGUUACUUAUAAUUUAAUCGCGUCACGAAAUUGAGUUAAAGAGAUAUCAAAGAGGGAUAUAACUACGAAAAUAAAACGCAAAUAAUGCAGAUUUAAAGAGGAAUGAAUGUGAUCUUGAGCAAAAGCGUAAACGGCAAAUAUGGACAUCCGGUUUCGUGAAUCAUCACUUAUAUUCUUGAGAAACACGUACGUAAAAAGUUUGGAAAUAUAUUCGAGGAUGUUUUGCUAUCCUUGAAAUCAAUGAAUAAACUGCUAUAAUAUUUGAGUUUUAAUUAACAAAUCUUAGAUAAUUAAAAGUAAGAGAAUACGUGGUGAUUUCAGAAAGAAUUUUUCAAGUAAUAAAAGAUAUUUAAAAUUUUAAUUGCUAAUCGAGUACGACCGUGAACCGAUGCGAGGAUGCUAUUUUAUUACACGGUAAUUUCUAUUUACACGAACCAAUUCGAAUGUUCAAAAAUCUUAAGCAAUGUAUCUUAUCAGACGUUGCUCAUUUUGAUUUUCUACAUUUUAAUUAUUCCUAGAACUAGUUGUCAAAAGAGAAAUGAAAGAAAGAAGACAAUCUUGAUUUAAAGUUAAAUCUUUUUGAGCAACCGUUUUGGAUAAUCGCGCGGAGAGAUUAAAAUGGAUCGCUCACGAUAUUGCGACAGGUUUGAAAAGGAAUGGUAUUCAUUGAACGCGAUGACAAUUCGUACGGCACGGGAUAACGAUCCGCUUUUCGUUUCUUUCCGCGAUGCGGGGUGGUGUACGUAGAGGGCUUUGCUCCUCCAAAUCAACUAUUCGGAGAAAAGAACGUCUACUCGAGCAUCGGAUAAACGUAAAACUCGUUUCCGAAUGUGACAUUACUGUCAUUAAUCGCACGUGCUCCGCUUUCAUUCACGCCAACUCCCACUCCCGUGAAUAACACGGUACAAGCGUUUACAUUCACGUCGCGGUUGGUCGGUACCAAUGGGCCGACGAGACCGUCGCCGUUCCUAUUGGCCGUCGCUUACUCCUGACGUACUAUACGAGAGAACGAGAGGAAUGCGAAACGAUCGUGAAGCACUAUGAAUAGAACCGAAGCUCCGCGGGUCAAGACAUAUGAAACGGUGCGUCUCUCGGGCUCGGGUAGUUCCGACAAGGAGUUUGCCUGGUUUCGACACCGUCUCGCAAUAUGGCCGUAUCGCCGUACACACAACCCUCAUUCUCGGAGCAUCGUGCCCGUACGUCACAUGUCAAUCGUACGCUGCUCACACUAUUGUCCUAUGUGCUGCUGACAAAAGAUGGUACAAGUGUUUCCUUGACUCAUCGUCAUGCAAAUGAUAUUAAUUAUUAUGAUGCAACAAUCAGCCAUAGCGAUAAUAUAAAUCCUCUGGAAAAGUUUUAUCUAAUCACUGAACAAAAGUGGCAUAAGGAUACACUAGUGCCAAUCUCCUUAUCGCCCUCGUCGAAGGGAAUGCCUACGAGAUCCCAUCACAGAAUCCGGCAGUCCGUGACAGGACUGGAUGAUGCUGGAAUGGAUCUCCAAGUGGCCCAACUCAGUAGUCAGACAGACAAGGAAGUACAUUCCAGGACGACUUUAUCAUGGCUAGAUUGGCAUUUGCCUUACUUUGUAGCGCUUUGUGCAAUCGCUGGCACUAUUCUUUUCACAUUCCUAAUCUUGUUAUGGCUACGAAAACAAAUGUCGCGUGAAAAAGAUAACGAAAAUGGCGAUCGGCACGGUCUGGUCGAGGAAGGUGCCAUUUGUCAGCCAGACAAAUCAACUAAAGAUACAAAAGAAUCUGUGGAAGCUAAAUGGGUUCACGAAGCAUUCGCCAAGCAAUCUGCACCCAAGUAUCCGGUACGACCAGUUCCUCAGACCUCUUUACCCGAGUCUUUGGCAACACCCGAACGUAAACCGGAAGCGAUACGUAUAAAAGCAAAGGGAUUGUUGGAGAGACGUGGUUCGAGCACAAGUUUAACCAUAGAAUUGGCACCAGCUCCCGAAAGUCCGCCACAUAUGGUUACUCCUACCCGAGAAUGUACAACGGAAGAGUUUUUGCUAAGUGCAGGAAAUGUAUUGUCGAGAGCACAAUUGAAAAAGAUUGUCCAAGGUACGGGAACGUUGCACAAAGAAUUUUGGGAGGUGCCGCUAAAUCUACCGGAAAAAGUGGACAUUUGUGGCUCGGGAGUGAAGAAUCGAUACAGCUCUGUUUUACCCAAUCCACAAACCAGAGUGGUUCUACCAGGUUGCUCCGACGAUCCGCUAGCCGGUUACAUAAACGCCAACUACAUCCGAGGAUACGACGGCGAAAGUGCUAGAUACAUCGCGACACAGGGACCAUUAGCUAACACGAUAGCAGAUUUCUGGGAAAUGAUCUGGGCAGAAAAAGUUCCUGCGAUCGUCAUGAUAACUAGACUGUACGAAGCGUCCAAACCAAAAUGCGAGGCGUAUUUUCCGUUUGACGUGAAUAAUCGCAUACAAGCUGGAUCUUUUACAAUUAUCGUUAACUAUGUCGAUACGAGAAACGGAUAUACCGUCAGAACCAUGGAGAUCCGGCACGAAAGGGAGAGAAGACAUUUGCAGCACUAUUGGUAUGAUUCAUGGCCGGACCAUGCCGUACCUCAAACUGCGGAUGCGCUCGUUAGUAUGGCCGCGGAGGUAAACGCUUUACCAAGACCAGUGGUCGUCCACUGCAGCGCAGGUAUAGGACGAACUGGCUGUUUUAUAGCGAUAGGAAUAGGAAUGAUUCAACUUCUAAGAGACGGAAAUGUCGACGUACUGGGUAUUUUGUGCCAGAUGAGAUACGAUAGAGGAGGAAUGGUACAAACGGCUGAACAAUAUGAAUUUAUUCAUAAAGCACUUAAUCUUUUCGAGCAAACACUAGACAGCAAACCGUCGACUUCGAGCGAUUGAAUGGACAUACCCCGCUACUAUAGGAAUUUCUUUCGCUUAUUCUGUCGUGAAACGAGGCUUUAUUAUUGCCUAAGAGAAUGUCACUUCGCACAGGGCUAUAUGCUUACCGCAAAAGAAAAAGAAAAAAAAAGAAACAAAUUUCUAACGAAUCUCAAUGUUAGCCUGUGAACCGACGCUCUCUCAUCUUUAUCUCAAUAUUCGAACGAGUUAAAACUCGUUUAAUAAGCUGCCAUUUUCUACUGCCAUGACAAAUCGUUGACAAUUGAUAUCAAUCACAGAGCUCAAGAGGUAAAAAAAAGGGUUCACCGUCGGAGUGCAUUUUCUAAGCAGGUGCUUUUUAAAACUGAGGUAUCAUAAAUAGCUUAAUGAAAAGAGUAUUUAUGUUUAUAAUAACGCGCGAUAUAUUAAUCGUGCGGCACGUACGCUUAAAAACCAAGAUUAUAUUAAUUUAUAUAAGUUACAAAUUAGAAAUAAUCUCUAAACACGAAACACGGCGAUAAUGUAUUCGCGAUUCGUAUCAUAAAAUUUAUAUCUAAAGAUCAGAUACUAAACUUGGGAUUUAAUUAUCUACACAUUCCUCGUGCGUUAGGGAAUAGUUGUCAAGUUCUAAUAAAAUUUUAAAUAUACAAAAAUGUGUAGAAACGGUUUCGCGACUAUGCUAAUGUAACUGAUACUAAUACGAUAUUCUUCACUAUUAUCGACGCAUCACGAUGGAGUAGACACAUGACAAAAUUUACUAAACUGUUCCAACGUGUAAGAGAGCUAAAGUUAAGCGCGUAAUUACUUUAACGAUAUAUAAUGUUAAAUGUGAGCUAAAUGUGAAAUUGUAUGCGCGUGUGUGUAUAUACAUAUAUAUGUAUAAUGUAUAUAUACACACGUACACACACACACACACACACGCGCGCGCGCGCGCGCGAAUAAUUGUUAAAACAAUUACUAAUUUAUGGGACCCAAAUCGACUAGGUAUUGUCUUAUAUUCUUAGUGUUCCUAUUUGAUUUUAAAAUAAUUUAAAAUUUAACCCUUUAUGAUUUGUUGCUUUUAUCUGACCGACUAAUUGUAAGACUGAACACGGAUAGUACAAUAUGAUUUAGAAGCAAAAGAGAACAAUGGGUUGAUAAAAAAAUCUGAAUAAGAGUCAAUUUGAUAGAGUAAUACGAGCCGAAUGCAACGUUGUUAUAGCGAAUAUACUUGUACGUAUCCACACACACGAGCAACAGCUCAAUAUUCUUAAUUAUAUUGAAUCAUGUUGCUCAGAAAUGUACACGAGUAUAUUUGCGCUCUCUAACAAUUUUACUCGUUUAUUUAUCAAAUUGAGACUGAUUUAAUAUAAUAAUUACUUAUAUUGUAAUUUAACUUAAUAAUAAAAGAUCUUUAG